CUGCAGCAGAUCGGCUCAGGCUCCUUCAAGCUCGUCUACAGGGCUCGGUGGCAGCAGCCGCAUGGCAGCAGCGCUGACGUGGCGAUCCAGCGAAUCCAAGGCAGCGGACCCACUGGGAGGAGAGAAGAGUUCGAGCAGGAGGUGAAGAUCUUCCAACAGCUGGGUCGUCACCCCAACCUCCUUCGCCUCCUCGCCACCAGCAUCGAGCCGAGCUCCGGCGACUACUGCCUGGUGACUGAGUUCGCUUCCAAGGGCUCUCUCGAUGGGAUCUUGUCCAACUACGCCGAGAAGGAGGAGACGAUGAGUCUUCUGGUGCAGCUGCAGGUGGCGAGGCAGAUCUGCGACGGGAUGGUGCAGCUGUCGCUGCAUGAGGUCGUGCAUCGGGACCUGGCGGCGAGGAACGUGCUUGUGUUCAGCCUGGACCCGGAGGAUCACCUGGCUGUCAGCGUCAAGAUCGCAGACUACGCGCUGUCCAUCAUGGCCUCGCGCGGGUACGGGGAGAGCAGGGCCGGGAGCGUGAGCACGGCAGGCUCGACGGCUCGACCAGUGCGGUGGAUGGCGCCGGAGAGCAUCGAGAGGAGGCAGUACUCGGAGAAGAGCGAUGUGUGGGCGUUCGGGGUGACCAUGUGGGAGGUCUGGACCUACGGCAAGAUUCCUUACUGGGCCUUCACAGACGAUUCGCUUGUAGGACCUAAGGUGCUGGAGGGCGACAGGCUCUCUAAACCUGAGACAUGUCCUUGGGGAUGCUACAGAAUCAUGCAGGAAUGCUGGAAGGCCAGCAAACAUGCGCGCCCGAACUUUAUUGACCUUCAGAAAUCGCUUCAAGGACAAUAUUACGAUGCUCUGCUCAGUCUCUCCAUCCGACGACAAGACGAAGGGAAAGUAAGCCUUUUCUUCUUUCUUGUCUUGCAUUUUUGUAUUGUAAGACCUUGUUCCAGGUGA